AUGACUGACGCCGUGUCUACACAUUCCAGUCCGACGUUUGUCGCCAACAAGAGACGCCGUCUUGACGCACCCACAUACACCACCCGCGAAGCUUCGAUACACCCACGUCUUCCUGACCAGACACUUGACGUUGCCGUUCGUCGCCAAAGUACCCAGCCGCCGUCUCUUCGGAACACUCCCAGUCGUCAGCAGUCCAGAGCUUCAUCGCCCUCAGAGCAGAAUGCUUCCCUAGUCUUGGUCGGCACCAAGGGAAGUGGCCUCUCCUCGUUCGGUGUCAUUGCCGUCACAGCCUUGCACUUUCGCUUGAUUGAUACCGAGGGCUGGCUUGUCGAGCAUUGCGGUCUGCGAAGAUCUGAAUAUAUCAAGACGCGAGGCCUGAGUGCUUAUCGCAAGGUUGCCUCAAAAGCUUUGGAGGAUAUAUUGAAGCAACAUGGUUCGCGCUGUGUUAUCGUCUGCGGUCCUGAAGCCCUCGAGCCACACUGUCAAACUCUUAUUCGUACCUUUGCCCUCACACACCCUGUCGUCAUGAUCAAUCGCGAUCUGACCAUGAUUCGAGACUAUCUCGGCCUUCCAGACACCCAAGAGGUAUUGCAGAUUCUUGGCCGAAGCCGUCAGCUCUGCCGCCGGAUAUCCAAUUAUGAGUUCUACAAUCUACCAGAGACCGAGGCCAAGAUUCCACUGUCCGCUGAGCUGUGUCGGAACCUGAGGCGUCCGACAGAGACUCACAAUCCGCCUCAGCUGCUACAGAAUGUCAAACAGGACUUUUUGCAUUUCUUGCACCUCCUGGCCAGGACUCCAGUGCGUGCCGACCCUCUGCUUUGUUCUUUAUCGCCAGAGGAACGUGAAUAUUCCACUUUGUCCAGCCUGCUUUCCGAAGAUGUUGCUGGCGGAAGCUUCAGUCUUGUCAAUCUAGAUUGUGGAACUGAUGCGAUUGAACUGGCCGUCCGGGGCUGUUCAUCGCAGAAACCUUCCAUCGACUGGGAUCGCAUCAGUCGCUCCNUCCAGAUGAUCCGACGUCAUUCCAAAUCCCCAAUAAUCUACCAUGUCGAAUGUGAAAACCCGACCAAGGAGGAAUACCACGAUCUGCUAUCUCAUGGCCUCCGCCUGAUCCCCGACUUCAUCACAAUCGACCUUGGCUGUACAGAUCAUCAGAUUCUUGACUUGAUAGGCUCAGUAGGUCGGACAAAGGUCAUUGGUCACCGCUCAUACUCAACAGACAGCUCUCCAUCAUGGAAAGAUCCAGCUCUGCACAAGGAAUUUGAUCGCGCUGUCACUCUAGGCUGCCAUGUCGUCCGAUUUAUUCGCCAAGCCAUGUCAGCCUCGGAGGAUAGGGAUUGUGUUCUGUUCCAGGCUGCCAUUGCUUCCAGGUCCAAGACUCCUUUGAUAGCGUACACCGCUGGUAUCCAGCCAAAAUCUUCGAUGGUGCUCAACUCGUGUCUGACUCCCGUACGACGCCCCGACACAUCAGACUCAUCUCCGGCCAUGUCCUUUCUCACGUUCCAACAACUGAUGAAGGCGAAGUUCUCAGCAUACAUCUAUCAACCAUUACAUUUCCAUAUAUUUGGCGCAAGCGUGGAUUAUAGCGUUUCACCAAUGAUGCACAAUGCUGCUUUCGAAGCUCUCGCGAUGGAACACACUUAUUCUCUCAGACAGUCAAACAACCUGCGUGACUUUGCUUGCCUUGUGGAUGACUCCUUUGGAGGUUCCAGUAUAAGUCUUCCGUUCAAGUCUGAGAUUCUACCACUCUUGAACUCGACAAGUGAAGCAGCCAAGGCAAUACAGGCCAUCAACACGAUUAUACCCNUGAGAGCCGGGCAGGGGAAGGUCGAUGUUGACUCGAGUUCACUUUGCCGAUCUCACAAGAACAGAGCUGGACCAGUCGUUGGACUACAUGGCGAAAAUACAGAUUGGACCGCGCUGUACACAUGCGUGUUGCGCUAUCUCUCUCCUGCCAACACCAUUCGACCAAGCUCGUCGGCCCUCAUCAUCGGUGCUGGAGGUAUGGGCCGCGCUUCAGUGUAUGCCUUGUUACAGAUGGGGGUGAAAAACAUCGUCAUGUGGAAUCGGACGCACAGCAAAGCAAUUCGAGUGGCAGAGCACUUCACCAAAUUGUCUACGGAGCCCCAAUCAAAACUGCCAUCAGGCCGCAUUGAAGUCGUUGAAUCGCUGGACUCUCCUUGGCCAGAAGGUCUUGCGCAGCCAACGAUCGUGGUGUGCACCAUCCCAGCCCAUCAGAUCGAUGACACGCCACCUCCAGAAUUCUUGAUUCCUCAGCAAUGGUACCAGAGCAGGACGGGUGGAGUGAUCGUCGAGGUGNAGUUAUUGAUCCGGUUCUAA